AUGGAGGCUGGAGGGCAGGAGGAAGGGGAUCGGGAGGCAGCAGGAGCUUUGGAUUCAGCCGGUCAGCGGGAAGGUCAGGGUAGUGGCAGUGAUAGUCUAUUGUGGUGCAAGGAAGGACCACGUGGCUCUGGCAGGAAGGGACUCAGUGAGGAAGAAAAAGGAGAGGAGGUCACUAGCCCUUCGAAAACCAAGACAAAUGAGAAGAAGGGAGGCACCCCGCGGCAGCUUCUGUUGGGGGAUGACACUGGGUGCGUGGAGAAGCCAAAGGGGGAAGCCGGUGGUGAGAUGGGUGGAGCUGAAGGAAUCGAUCUUGAGAAACCAAAGGCGAUGAAGUCGCGAGGUGCAAAUGGGAAGGAGAACCAGGAGGAAGGUCACAACAAGCAAAGUAGGAAGUUUAAGAGGGUGAGGCGUGAAGAUAGAGGCACGGGUGAGGCCAAGGCUAGCGAUUUUGUGUUGGGAGGAAAGAGAGGAAGGUCAGAGGAGAUGGAUGACAAGGAGGACAAGAAAGGGAAGGUAGGGAUGGAGGUAGAGGAGAGGCAGGAGAGUGUUGACAAGCAGGAGUUGGAUAACAAUACUAGCACAUCGGCCGGGCUGCAGGAGCAGCCCCGCCGGGCACAUUGA